UCCUGACAGUGGGCCCCGGGCCACCAGGAUGCCGACAGACGACGACUAUGGCCGAAGAGAUCGUCUCCUGUUGCACCAGCACCCGAUCGCGCAGUACGGGUCCUCGUCAUCCCCGCUUCCUGGAUCGAACGCGCCGAAUUCCGGCGGCGUGGGGGCCCAGAUUGGUCCCAGCAAUCCGAGCGACUGCUUUAAGCAGCAAGCACAGCAGCAGCAAUUGUCCGACUUGCGUUUGGUCGCGAGUACCGCGAGCCAAUCGGGUCAAGAACGUCGUCAGUCGGAUCAGCAGACCCAAAGCAGCGACCAUGUCGGGGCCCGAAUGGUCGAUCGGCAUGAGAAAUCCGCGGAGAAGCCUACGAUCGACUUCUCCAAGUGCGGCGAGGGUCGUCCGUCGAGUUGCGAGCGCUUCGGGCACUAUCAGGCCCAGGGCGGCGAGCAUGUGGGGGGUCGGUUGGGAGGCGAACGGCACGAGAAGGCCGUGGACAAGUCUUGUAUCGAUUACUCGAAGUGCGUGGAGGAUCGUCAGUCGAGUUGCGAGCGUUUCGGACAUUAUCAGGCCCAGAGCGGCGAGCACGUGGGGGGCCGGAUGGGGGGCGAGCGGCACGAGAAAUCGUCCGACAAGUCGUCGAUUGAUUUCACCAAGUGCACCGCUGACGGUCGGCAGUCGAGUUGCGAACGUUUCGGGCAUUAUCAGACUUCGACGUUCGGUCAGUCCUCGUUGCAGGGGCACUAUGGCGGCGGGCACGCCGAUCGCUUCGCGCGAUUUAACGAUCUCAGCGUGCUGCACGGUGAGCAACGGGCCCCGAACGAUCGUUACUCGGUCUGCAAUCCGGAACUGCGCUUCGACACGGCGAGCACGAGCGGGUCCGGCGAGUACGCGAACGCGAACGCGCUCACGGGCUCUUUCGUCUCGGAGACGUUUCCGUCGCCGCCGUCACCGGCACCGGCGAACGACCGCUUCGUCCCGCCACCGCCAUUGUCGCCCAGCCCGAGCGAGAAGUACGCCUCGAGCCAGAGCCUGGCUGGUUACCCUUCUGCUGAUCGCAUUUUGCCCCCCAAUUCUCCGGGGCCCAAGUACGGCGCCGACAGUGCCGCUACAGCAUCGUCGAUACCCGCCAAGGAUCGCUUUGCCUCCGCCGAACGGUUGCUGGCCAAUCAGCAGUCGGCCACAGGUGACGCUAAGGAUCAACAACGCUACGCUGGACCACCUGAUCGCCUGCUCUCGGAAUCCUCCCCGGUCCUGGGGGGACUUCAGGCUGGACUUCAAACCGGGCUCCAGAGUAGCGUGGUCUAUGCCAAAGACACUCGCUACGCCGCCAUUUCCGCGGACAGGAUAUUAUCCUCCUCGCCGAUACACGCUCCGGUGCCCGAGAGAUUCGUUGGCAAGUCGGAAAGGUACUUGGGCGAGUCGCCCAUUCACGAUAGGUACCCUCGACAGGACCCACCAGCGACAACACAUCAUGAGCGGUAUUCGACGAUGGCGGCGGCCACCGAGAGGUUCCUCUCGAAUUCGCCUAAUCCUGAGAGCGCGCAUCAGCGCUAUUCAUCGUCGGACCGCUCGUCACUUCAAACUUCCUCCAGUAGUAACGAGCAAAAUCGGCGCCUCUACGCUGACAGAGGCGUCGAGACGGUCUGUCAGAAGUAUACCGAUCGGUCCAUCGGCUCUCCAGCGUCCGCCGACUUCGGCCGGUACUCCGGUUUCCCGGAAGUCGGCAGUCAGACGCGAUACGUGUCCAGCAACGAUCGCUUCAACGACCUCGCGCUACAGCGUUGCAGUCAAUCGCGGUCGAUCGACAGGUUCUCCAGCGAUCGAUACCUGGCCGGAUCGUCACCCGCGCACGACGGCAGGCUAUCCAAUGCCGAGACGCCGCGCUACAUCGUCUCUUCCACGGAACGUCUCCUGGCGCCGACGUCCUCUUCGUCGUCCUCCUCGUCAGAGACUGGCUCCAGGUAUCACUCGCCGUACACAACGACCGGUACACAAUCAUCGGUCUCCAACGAGCGCUUCACGUCAAUCUCGCCGACGUCCGAGGCGUCGACGAAUAUCCACCGCGGCGGUGGCUAUCAGAACACGAAGAGUACCGUCGAGAAAUAUCUGGUCUCGAAGUCGGUUCAGAGCUACGAUCGCUACUCGGUCGGCAGUCAGAACGAUCAUCAAUUCGGGCAAGACCGAUACUUUGCCGCCGGCGGUAGUGGCGACCGAUUUCAGGCCGCUUCCGGAGCUGAUCGCUUUCACGCUCCUGCUGAUCGUUAUUCGCCGGCGCGCAGCGUCGCCGACAAGUACUUAUCCCUGCCGAAGCCUAAGGACAGGUACACCGGCCGCAUAACACCCAUCUCUUGCGCCAACGCCGUCGCGACGUCCUCCAACGAUCGCACUUACUGCUCAUCCAACGUCAGCUACGUGCCCCCAACUGCGCACACCCCCGUUGAACGAUAUGUGCCCCAGCCGCCCCCCGAAGUGCUCUACCCAGAUAGGUACGUGGACAGAUAUGUGCCGCCCGCGGCGCACACGCCGACCGAUCGAUAUGUGCCCGCGAGCGAUCCAGGUGAUCCAUACAUGCGUCGCGACCUUGGCUUCCAUCACCAUUAUCGGCUACCACCGCCCGCUGGUUACCCGUACCAGGCGCACUUUCGGUUCCGCGGGUUUGCAUACGCGACGUCCGGCCGGCUGGGCGGAAGUCCCGGGUCCAGCAGCUCCAGCAGCACGACGUCGACACAGCGCGAGACGUUCGCCACGUCGCCGUUGUUGAGGCCCAAAGUGCGCGCUUCCGCGGUCGAGUUCGGCGCGACGACAGGCGCCGCGACGACCACGACGACCGUCGGCGUCGGGGUCGGCCGUCACGUGUGCGCGAAUCCAGCCGCCU